AAUUCCCUUCUUAUAGCUGUGAUCGCGAUAUAGAGCCCACAGCAGUAGAACGACCCGACGAAUUUUUCCACAUCCCAGCGAUCUAGAAUUCCAUAGUGGCGCAAAAAAAUGACUUAGUCCCUCCCGCACUGUGGCGACGCCGCUAAAGUCGCUGCAUCCAUGCCAAUUCUUCUCUCCUCGCGUUUCUCAGCACGAAUCGGUCGCAGGUUUUAGCUCGUCCUUCUUAGUCCUCUCUAGGCCAUCAGCACUUCAUAAGCAGCAGCAUCAUCGAUCAAAAUGGCGUCUUCGCAGCAGCAGCAGCAGCAGAGCACUCGCACAAAUAGCUUCCGCAAUCCCGCGGCCGCUCCAAACAGCACAGGUCCUCAGCUUCGAUCCUCCAGCGGCCGCUACCGGUAUGCUUCACGCGACGAGAGCGAGAUGUCCGAUAUCAUGUCCACCGCCGACUUCCCCGUGAGCGGGGAGUUCCUGAAUCCUUACACGGUGCACAUACCCCCGACGCCGGACAACCAGCCUAUGAACUUCUCGGGCCCGACAGCACCGCAGCAAGCGUCCCAGCAGUUCGUCUCAAACGCCAUCUUCACCGGAGGAUACAACGCCAUCACCCGCGGCCACAUCAUGGAGAAGCACCCCGAGCACGGCCAGCAGCUCCUCACCGGGCCUUCCACCUGCGGCGUCCGGGGCUGCGACCAGCUCGCAAUGAGGGACGAGCAAGGCAACGAGAUCCAUCCCUGCGAGUGCGGCUUUAGCAUCUGUAAGGAGUGCUUCAUCGACGCCGUCUCCAACGGUGGAAUCUGUCCCGGCUGCAAGGAGGUGUACAAGGAGGAGGACGAGGAUGACGAGCGGGAGACGGAGUCCAAGACCAAAGCUCUCACUCCCACUUCUGGCGCCUCUGCCGCCACCACCACGGCCACUGCCAAGGCCGAUCCCCGGAGGCUUGGAUCCCGGAAGAACACCAUGAUCGUGAAGCAGUCGGAGUUUGACCACGCCAAGUGGCUCUUCGAGACCAAAGGUACCUAUGGAUAUGGAAACGCUCACUGGCCACCCAACGAUUAUAACUUCGGCCCGGAUGCCGAUCCACCUGCCUUUAACGAGCGGUCCAAGCGCCCCCUGGCCAGGAAAUCUAGCAUCCCAGCCGCCAUCAUCAGCCCAUACAGGUUCUUGGUGCUCUUCCGGAUGGUUGUCCUGGUCCUGUUCCUCAUGUGGCGAGUGAGGAAUCCAAACCGUGACGCAGUGUGGCUGUGGGGUAUGUCCGUCGCCUGUGAGAUCUGGUUUGCCUUCUCGUGGCUGCUCGAUCAGCUGCCAAAGCUAGUUCCGGUUAACCGGCACACGGACUUGGAGGCGCUCAAAGAAAGGUUUGAGAAGCCGGGUCCGAACAAUCCCAAGGGACGGUCUGAUCUUCCAGGCGUGGACCUGUUCGUCUCUACUGCUGAUCCCGAGAAGGAGCCACCACUCGUCACUGCCAACACUAUCCUGUCCAUUCUAGCCGCAGAAUACCCCGUCGAGAAGACCGCCUGCUAUCUUUCUGACGAUGGAGGAGCACUGUUAACCUUCGAGGCACUUGCGGAGGCCGCCAGCUUUGCUCAGACCUGGGUCCCCUUCUGUCGCAAGCACGUGAUCGAGCCUCGCAAUCCCGAGACGUAUUUCGCGCUGAGAGGUGAUCCAACCAAGAACAAGUCGCGUCCUGAUUUCGUAAAGGACAGGAGACGAGUGAAGCGUGAGUACGACGAGUUCAAAGUCAGGAUCAACGGCCUACCUGAGGCGAUCCGGCGGAGGUCCGAUGCCUACAAUGCGCACGAGGAGAUCAAAGCCAAGCGAGCACAGAUCGAGAGCGGCAGAGACGUGACAGAGCCUCUCAAUAUCCCAAAAGCGACCUGGAUGUCCGAUGGCACACACUGGCCAGGAACUUGGACGGUGACGUCGUCGGAGCAUGGUCGAGGUGAUCACGCUGGUAUCAUCCAAGUGAUGCUGGCUCCUCCAAGCAGUGACCCAAUCCUCGGCACCCCCGAUACUUCUACCAUCAUCGACACCACCGGCAUCGACACCCGCCUUCCAAUGCUGGUCUACGUCUCCCGAGAGAAGCGCCCCGGCUACGACCACAACAAGAAAGCCGGAGCCAUGAACGCGCUCGUCCGGGCCAGCGCCAUCAUGUCCAACGGAGCCUUCAUCCUCAACCUCGACUGCGACCACUACAUCUACAACGCGCUCGCUAUCCGUGAGGCGAUGUGCUUCAUGAUGGACCGCACCGGCGACCAGAUCUGCUACGUCCAGUUCCCCCAGCGGUUCGAGGGGAUCGACCCCAACGACCGCUACGCCAACCACAACUCCGUCUUCUUCGACGUCAACAUGCGAGCUCUGGACGGAAUCCAGGGCCCCGUCUACGUUGGCACCGGCUGCUGCUUCCGGAGAACCGCCCUCUACGGCUUCGACCCCCCAAGAGUGAAAGACCGAGGCUGCUGCGGCGGAGGAAGGAAGAAAACAUCCAAGACCAAGAGCAUCGAGGACGACGACGUUGAGCUCCAGCUCUUGCCAAAGCGGUUCGGCAACUCGGCCGGUUUCGCUGCUUCCGUCCCUGUUGCCGAGUUCCAAGGCCGGCCUCUAGCCGAGCAGGGUGCGAAGAACGGUCGACCACCUGGAGCUCUUCUCGUCCCCCGCGAGCCUCUCGAUGCCACCACGGUCGCGGAGGCCAUUCACGUUAUCUCGUGCUUCUACGAGGGGAAGACCGAGUGGGGGCAGCGAGUCGGAUGGAUCUACGGCUCGGUCACCGAGGACGUGGUCACCGGCUUCCGGAUGCACAACCGCGGGUGGAGGUCGGUCUACUGCGUCACCAAAGUCGACGCCUUCCACGGCACAGCUCCCAUCAACCUCACCGAUCGUCUCCACCAGGUCCUCCGCUGGGCCACCGGCUCGGUCGAGAUUUUCUUCUCCAGAAACAACGCUCUCUUCGCCAACACCCGGCUUAAGUUCCUCCAGAGGAUCGCCUACCUCAACGUUGGCGUCUAUCCCUUCACCUCGAUCUUCCUCGUCGUCUACUGCUUCCUCCCAGCGCUGUCGCUCUUCACAGGAGAGUUCAUCGUCCAGACGCUGAGCACCACCUUCCUGGUCUACCUCUUCGUCAUCACGCUCACGCUGUGCCUGCUAGCGGUGCUCGAGAUCCGGUGGUCGGGUAUCACCCUGGACGAAUGGUGGCGGAACGAGCAGUUCUGGCUGAUCGGCGGAACCAGCGCUCACCUCGUGGCGGUCCUCCAGGGGCUGCUCAAGGUGGUCGCAGGCAUUGAUAUCUCCUUCACGCUCACGUCCAAGGCCGCUGGAGACGAGCAGGACGUGUAUGCCGACCUCUACAUCGUCAAGUGGUCGGCGCUCAUGAUCCCGCCCAUCACGAUCAUGCUCACAAAUCUCAUCGCCAUCGCCGUGGCGGUGUCGCGUGAGAUCUACUCCGAGGUCCCGCGCUGGAGCCAGCUCCUGGGCGGGGUGUUCUUCAGCUUCUGGGUGCUGUGCCAUCUCUAUCCCUUCGCCAAGGGCCUGAUGGGCCGCAAGGGCAGGGCUCCCACGAUCGUCUUCGUCUGGGCGGGGCUCCUGUCUAUCAUAAUCUCGCUGCUGUGGGUGUCGCUGAGGAACCCUAGCGGCGCCAACAACAUUGGAGGGGGAUUCCAGUUCCCAUAGCCAUACCCGAGACAAUGCAGCUCCAUUCUUCGCCCA